AUGAGCGAUCACGAUUAUUCGAGCCCCUCGCAGUUUGGAAUGGCUCCGUUUGAGCAGUUUUCAGACCACACCGACUUCAACUUGGACGACCAGGACACUUUCCAUCUCCCUCCCCAAACAGCAGACACAUCCGCAGACGCCGACUCAGAGAAGAAGACGGGCCGCAAUAUGGACCAGACAGACCAAUCAGACCAGUCGACCCAGACCCGACGUUCAAGAGCGUCGGGAGAAAUACUCAGCUUACUUGUGGCCGAGUUCAACAGGAACUCCAAUCCAAACACAAACGUGAGAAAAGACAUUGCUUCCAGAACAGGCAUGACCGAGCGGUCUGUCAGGAUAUGGUUUCAAAACCGUCGGGCUAAAGCUCGUAAAAUGGAGAAAUUGUACCAAAAUAACGGUUCAUUGCAUUUGACAGAUUCCAACGCCCGCGAUCCGCAAUCGGAGCCUCUCGUGAAAGACACACAGAUCCAAAAUCAUAGUCAUGACGCCUCGAUGCCCAAACGCAAGAUUGAGAUCGAGAUAAAUGAACGGUACAGCCUCAUCGACUGUGUCUCGGUGUCUGUGGGUCCGUGGCAGAGAAUCAGGUCGGGGUACCUGGACCCGGACAGUCUUCGAGAGGUACCGAAUCUGAGCCCGCGAGUGGUGUACGAUCUGAUGAACACCACAGACUUGUUGAUAAUGCUUUCGAAAAAGGACCACGAGCUGAACUACUUCUUUUCAGGAGUGUUCCAGAACGAAAAAGUGCUCUUCCGCAUCUUCUUCCCACUAGCCACCGUGCUCACAUGCUCUUUGCUCAAUUAUAGAACCCAAAACUCAGAGCAGCGGGAGGCAACGGCAGAUUCAACGGAACAAGUCCAGCUGCAACUCGCUGCUCCGCCAAAGUUCGCUGUCCAUUUCCUGAAAGACCUCACAACGGGGAAAGAACACCACAACCAGUGGUCUAUGUGCGAAGACUUUUCUGAGGGCCAGCAGGUGGUAGCAGCGUUUGUGGGAGAAGGUGGCACAGAGAUUCCGCACAUUCUGACCGGGUCUCUGGAGUUCUUGCAAUACUUGAACACGUUCAUAGGCACGGCAACCAAAGUCGGCCGCCCGUCCUCGUUCCCUGCCCCGUCUACCGAACACCCGAUUCUCAUAUCACCGUCUCCUUUCGCCGACGAGCCCAACUUUGCAUCCUUGCACCAUGACGAUCCAUCCGUGCUGCGAAUAGAAACCCCGAACCUGGAGCUAUUUGACGGGCAGUACGACGACGCCGGCACGCCCCACAACGACCUGCUCAUCACAAAGUCCAAGGGCGACGACGACAAGGAGGAUUUCGUCUACUUGAACCAGCCUGAGGAAUGGACAGAUGGUUUGUAG